ACAGAAAUGCACUCUGGGUCAGAGUCAAGAUGGCAGCUUGCAGAUUGCCUGUGGAUUACUGCAGAGCUUAACGAUUACUUUGAUCUAACAAGCUUGUUAUCUCUGAUAUAAGCAUAAAACAUGUUUCAGUUACUCUGUUAUAGAGCAAGCAUCACUGCUCCAGUCCGAUCUUUGUCGUUACCCUCGCGAUGCAAUAAAACAGCAGACUUGUGGAAACUUUCACGCCGGCACACAACUCCAGCAUCUAAUGCAUACAGCUCCUCACAGCAGUCUGGAAAUGCUGUCAGCCGUUUUUGGAGGUUCACUCAAAGAACUGUCUGCCAGUCCGCCAGCCGAACAUCCAAACACCCGGGAGCGACUCUGAAGUUCAUCCUGGGACCGGCAAUACUCACAGUCUCUGCACGACUGUUUUGCCAUGUGGCACACUGCGAGGCAGAUGCGAAUAACAACAUCCCUGUGGAAGUUGUAGCCAACACCCCUGUGCCUGAGUUCAAAUGGCACGUCCUGUGGGAAUUUGUUAAACCCGAACUGUUUGCACUCAUUGGCGCUGUUGUGCUUGCUUUUGGUGCUGCUCUGUUGAAUAUUAAAAUCCCCUUGAUGCUUGGGGACCUGGUAAAUGUUGUGGCACGUUACCUGAGAGAACAUACUCAGAAUUAUGUCCAAGAGAUAAGAGGUCCUGCACUGAAAUUACUUGGUCUGUAUGGUCUCCAAGGCCUGCUGACGAGUGGUUACAUCAUCCUGCUUUCGAGGGUUGGGGAGAGAGUGGCGGCUGACAUGAGGAAAACCCUUUUUGCUUCCUUACUGAGGCAAGAUGUGGCUUUCUUUGAUGCCAAUAAAACUGGACAGCUGGUAAAUCGUUUGACUUCUGACAUUCAGGAGUUCAAAUCAUCCUUUAAAUUGGUCAUUUCUCAGGGUCUGCGGAGUGUCACACAGACAGCUGGAUGUUUUGUUUCUCUUUAUGUCAUCUCCCCCAAGCUCACAGGUUUGACGGUAGUGGUCCUUCCGUGUCUAGUGGGAGCAGGGGCUCUCAUUGGCUCAUUCCUUCGCAGACUAUCCCGUUUGGCUCAAGAACAGGUUGCAAAAGCAACAGGAGUGGCAGAUGAGGCUCUUGGCAAUGUGCGGACUGUGAAAGCUUUUGCCAUGGAGGAGAGGGAGCUCCAAUUAUAUGCAUAUGAAGUUGACAAAUCGUGUGAAAUGAAUGAAAAUCUUGGUGCUGGAAUAGCAGUUUUCCAAGGACUGUCAAACAUUGCCCUGAACUGCAUUGUCCUAGGAACUAUUUUUGCUGGAGGAACUUUAAUCUCUAGCAAUGAAAUGUCCCCUGGAGACCUCAUGUCUUUCCUGGUUGCUUCUCAGACUGUUCAGAGGUCAUUGGCCAGUAUCUCCAUUCUUUUUGGACAGAUGGUGAGAGGAAUAAGCUCCGGGGCUCGGGUUUUUGAAUAUCUCUCUCUGAAGCCCAGCAUUCCUCUGUCUGGAGGAGGACGCAUCCCUUACCACUCUCUGAUAGGAAGAGUGGAUUUCAUGGACAUUUCAUUCAGCUAUCCAACAAGACCUGGCCAUCAGAUCUUGAAGAAGUUCAACUUAACGUUGCCACCAUGUAAAACUGUUGCCAUUGUUGGUGAAUCUGGAGGAGGAAAGUCCACUGUGGCAUCCUUAAUGGAGCGUUUCUAUGACCCAACCAGUGGUGUUAUCAUGCUGGACGGACUUGACAUUCGAACACUUGAUCUGUCCUGGUUGAGAGGCCAAGUCAUUGGAUUUAUCAAUCAGGAGCCAGUUUUGUUUGGAUCAUCUAUCAUGGAGAACAUCCGCUUUGGGAAACCCGAGGCCACAGAUGCUGAAGUCAUUAAUGCAGCCAAGCAAGCCAAUGCUCACGGCUUCAUUACAAGUUUCCCAGACGGCUAUAACACUGUCGUUGGUGAACGAGGUGUGACGUUAUCAGGUGGACAGAAACAGCGCGUCGCUAUUGCCCGCGCCUUGAUCAAAAAUCCCAGCAUCCUAGUGCUGGACGAAGCCACGAGCGCCCUGGAUGCAGAAUCGGAGAGAGUGGUGCAGGUGGCUCUGGAUAGAGCCACCAAGGGUCGGACUGUGCUUAUUAUUGCUCAUCGGCUGAGUACCAUCCAAGAGGCUGACCUCAUUUGUGUCAUGAGCAAUGGCCGAAUUGUGGAGGCUGGAACUCACUUGGAGCUGCUGAGCAAAGGAGGACUUUAUGCCGAUCUAAUCCGCAGGCAAAGAGCUGAGGGGCAGAAAUGAACACACCAAAACCUGUUUACUGUAACUGUACAAUGAGCCUACUAUGAGUAAUGAAAUUCACAGCAAAGGCUUGCCUGAAUAGAUAAAUUAUGACAAACGUGUAGUGUAAAUUUACCAGCUGUCAGUCUAGUUCUAUGACAAACUGUCAGUUUAUGUAUGUAAAUGUGUAAGAGGACCAGCUGGAACAGUCUGUGAUGAUUAACAAACCACACUACUGUACAGUACCUAACAUGAAUGGGAAUCACACUGUUUUCUCUUAUCCUGUAUAGAAUGAUAAUUUAUGAUGCCGUAGAACAAAGAAUUAAACUUUGUUUUAAUGAGAGUA